AUGACAUGUGUGCCAGCUGCUAUUGCUACAUAUAUCGAAGUUGCAGGAAUAGCGAACACUGAUGAGAGUCUUCAAAACAACCACCUCGGCGCUAAUAAUUCACCAAAUGAAAAAAAAGCUUGUUCUGGCGAUGGUGUCUGGUGUUUUAAAGUGGUCUCUGUUGAUGGCAGACAAGGAUUGAUUAAUUAUUCAGUCAUAUUUGCAAACCGAGAAUCUACUGUGCAAUCAUCUGAUGAUGCCGAUCCUCUUUGUUCAGAGCCUAAAGCAAAUGAGCAUAAAUGUAGAUUUGAAAUUAUUAAUCACGGAUUUGACGUGUAA